GUGUCGACGAGUUGUCUUAGGGGAGAGCAUAGUUUAGGUUGUGGGCAUUUUUCCCCUGUAAAUACUCUUUGUUUUUCUUCACGACCGUUGAAUAGAUUCGAGUGCAUGCGGAAGUUGAAAUGCCGCCGGCUUCUUCAGAGUAAUUCCUCAGCAACAGUAUCAGCAGCGCGGAAUCGCCUGAAUUCCUCAGACCUAACUCACUCCGAGCAUCACCAUGGAUUCUCAUUUCUUUAGCCGCGGGAAAGUCGAACUCGUUUCGCUUCUGUUGGUUCUGGCUCCGUUAAUCUCGCCUCACCCACAUCAGCUCGUGCACGCCUUCGAGCUCGCCAUUCCGCUCGAGUUCUACCGCGGCGAUGUAACCUACAUGAACAAUUUCGCAGUAGCCAUGUGGAAUUUCCCACAGUUUGCGUGGGCUUCUGACGUGGCACCACCAUGCCCGACUGGCAACUGGAUUGGCGUGACAUGCAACUCGGAUAACUACGUCACUGACGUUGAUUUGAGUGCGGGCAGUGUGUCCGGGAAUUUCCCUCGGCUCAAGGGUCCGUUCUCAUUCGACAUUGCUGGUGUCAUCUUCCUCAAGACCCUGAACCUUGCGGGGAACAACCUUCAGGGGCCAAUUCCAAGCGAGCUGGCUCUGUCGCCAAGCCUCUCCUCCCUCAACGUGGCCAAUAACAGCCUCACAGGCCGGCUGUCUGAAGAUUUGUGCAACCUCAACCUCACCUGCGUCAACGUGAUGGGCAACCCUCUCCGCGGACCCAUCCCCUCAUGCUGGAGGAACUUCACAUGCCUUGACUUUGCCAACACCAGCCUCAUAGUUAUCCCCAACGAAACAUGCCAAGAUGUCCCCUACCACAGCUGCAACCCCCCACUAGCCAUUGCUGAAGCUCCGCCUUCCGCCGCUGCCUCUUCCGCCAACAUUGCUGCCAUCAUCGGAGGGGUGGUUGGGGGCGCGGCAUUCAUAGCGCUGCUGGUUGCCGGGGGAAUGGUGCUGGUGAAGCAUCUUGAGAGGAAGAGGAAGGAGGAGGAGGAGAGGCGGCUGGAGCAAGACCUUGAGACCCAAAUCUCGUCCCGUCACUUCGGGACUCUGCGGCGGUACUCAGCAGAGGAGCUGCUGAAGGCGACUAAUGGGUUCGACGAGGACUAUGUUUUGGGCGAGGGCGGGUUCAGCAAGGUGUACAAGGGCAAGCUGGAGGACGGGAAGUUUGUGGCUAUAAAGAGGAUCAAGGACGAGAAGCGUGCAGGCGGCGAGCUGCAAUUUCUUUCUGAGGUGGAGAUGAUCAGCCGCGCCGUGCACCGCAACCUCAUCCGCGCCGAGGGCUUCUGUGUGGAGCUGGGCGAGUGCAUGCUCGUACUGCCCUUCUGCUCCAAUGGCUCGGUGGCGUCCCGCACUCAAGGCAAGGAGGGCAACCCCAUGGACUGGCCGACACGAGUGAAGGUGGCCAGAGGGGCAGCAGAGGGGGUGGCUUAUUUGCACACAGACUGCAAGCCCAAGCUGGUGCACCGCGAUAUCAAGGCGGCCAACGUGUUGCUGGACGAGAACGACGAGGCGGUCAUUGCUGACUUUGGGCUGGCCAAGGAGAUGGGCGUGCAUGAGACGCACGCCACCACUGCCGUCAAGGGGACCAUUGGCCAUAUUGCACCAGAGUACUUUGUGUCGGGGCAGUGUUCGGAGAAGACGGACGUGUAUGCCUUCGGGGUCUUCCUGCUGGAGCUCGUCUCGGGCAAGGACGUGUACGGGCUCACAGUUGUUCCUGAAGCCGAGGAGAUUCUGCUGAGGGACUGGGUGUCUCGCCUGCUGGUGGAGGGCAAGGCGGAUGUGCUGGUGGACUCGGAGGUGAAGAAGGGCGAUGGAGGGCUGGACAUGGCGCAGGUGGAGCAGGUGCUGCACGUGGCGCUGCUCUGCCUCAAGAACGACCCGGCUGAACGCCCCACCAUGGAGGAUGUGGCCAAGAUGGUGUCAGGGAGCGAGCUCACAGAGAAGUGGCAGCAGUGGCAGGCUGAAGCGGGGGCCAUGCGAGCGGAGGACCUCAUGGCUGUCGUCAAGAACCCUUCGCUCUGGGAGAACACCACAACCGGGAUUUCACUCGAUGCCUUCAAUGUUUCCGGGCCUCGUUGAAGUCUCCACGUGCGUUUGGACGUAUUGUGGUCGUAUUGCGUGCUUAAUGGGAGUUAUUUGCUGUAGGAAAAUAUGCUUUCAGUUAAGUGGCUGUAUUGUUAUUUAAGCACAACCUUUAGUGCCAUGAUGCAUGUAGAGCAAUGUUACUUGCAGGGGUGAGGCCAAUUCCAGUUAUCGAGACACGA